AGUCUUGCUGUGUUUUAAGGCUAGUCUUGAACUCGUGGGCUCAAGUCAUCUGAAGCCUUGGUCUUUCCACGUGCUGGGAUUAGAGGCGAGAGGUGCUGUGCCCUGCCAAGAGCACUGAGUGUGGGCCCAGAAUCCUGGGUGUGAGUCCAGCUCUGUCGCUGUGCAGUCCUGAGGCUUUGAAUGAGUGUCUUCCACUACAUGCCUUGGCUUCCUCACAGACCCGUCCACUUGACAUGUGCAGGACUCUGAGAGCAGUGCCUGGCAGGUUGUAAGUGUCAGUAAAUGUCUUUGCUGUCAUUAUUACCUUCUUUGAGUCACUCAGCAAGCCUGUGGCUUGGUAGGGCACAGGUUAUGCCCAUUUAAGAUAGGAAAAAACAAUGGGUAAGUAAUAAAGCUGGGACCAGAGCCCAGGUACCUUGCCUCUUAGUCCUGGGCUUGUUCUGUGACACCAGACUUCCUUACAUUGUCCCCAUAGAGAGAAAGGAAAAUAAAAGGGCAAGCAGAAAUGAGAAGAGGAGAGGAGAAAUACAUCUCUAAACAAGAAGCUUCCUGUGGUUACUAAGCACCUUAUAAGGACUUCAGGCAAUAAUGAAGGUUCUUUUACUGAAAGAUGCUAAGGAAGACGAUGGUGGCCAGGAUCCAUACAUCAGGGAAUUAGGUUUAUAUGGACUUGAAGCCACUUCGAUUCCUGUUUUAUCAUUUGAGUUUUUGUCUCUUCCCAGUUUCUCUGAGAAGCUGUCUCAUCCUGAAAAUUACGGGGGACUCAUUUUUACCAGUCCCAGAGCAGUGGAAGCAGUGGAGUUGUGUUUGGAGAAAGACAAUGAAGCUGAAGUGUGGGAAAAGUCUCUGAGAGAAAAGUGGAAUGCUAAGCCAGUGUAUGUGGUUGGAAAGGCCACUGCUUCUCUAGUGAGCAAAAUUGGCCUGGAUACAAAAGGAGAAAACUGUGGAAAUGCAGAAAAGCUUGCGGAAUAUAUUUGUUCCAGGGAGUCAUCAGCAUUACCUCUUCUGUUUCCCUGUGGAAACCUCAAGAGAGAAAUCCUGCCAAAAAUGCUCCAGGCUGAAGGGAUCCCCAUGGAGAGCCUCACAGUCUAUCAGACAGCCGCACACCCGGGAAUCCAGGGGAACCUGAACAGCUACUAUUCCAAGCAGGGCCUCCCAGCCGGCAUUGCCUUUUUCAGUCCCUCUGGCAUUACCUACACUCUCAAGCAUAUUCAAGAGUUAUCUGGUGACAGCAUUGAUCAAAUUAAGUUCGCAGCCAUUGGCCCCACCACGGCUCGUGCCCUGGCCACCCAGGGACUGCCUGUGAGCUGCACUGCAGAGAGCCCCACGCCGCAGGCCCUGGCCACGGGCAUCAGAAAGGCAUUGCAGCCCCAGGACUGCUGUUGAGUCAGCUGCCCUGCAGCCUUGCCCUGUGGCUGUCCUGGGCUGGGCUCCUCCCCACGGGCAAGGACCACUGGACGCUGCUUCCACAUGGAGCUGGGCAUCAGGGCCCUUGGGAGCUGCCACCAUCAAACUUCUGCCUCAAGUCUGAGUGGAACCAGCUGGAAACCAGGAAUCAGGUCACAUGCAUGUGACCACCCUCCACAGACACCAGCUUAGACUCCAGCCCAGGCCCUGUGAGGAAGGAAACCAAAUAAACCACACUGGCUA